CUUUGUUGAAAACUGUAGCACUAUGAUAACGUUAGAUAAUAAGCGUUUUAUGUAAGUUCUAACAGUAGCUCUAGCUGAAGUUAUUUGUUUAACGUUUGCCUACCCUGUCUACAUUCCAUCUGAUUUCUGGUUCAAUUAAUAGGGAAAAUGCGUGCCAUAGGCUUAUAUUUCAUGGCAGUUGUGUUCAGCUUGAUGGCAAGUAUAGAGCGGACUUUGACACUGCCAGUGCUUGUAGGAGGCAUUUAUAGCGUUAUGAAGAACAACACGGGUUUGAUUGACAUUAACAAGGGUUUGGAUCUCUUUGAAGGUGAUAUAAAGUUGCCACCUAAAUAUGAUAAGAGCGGCGUUAUUGAUCCGGGUUACCGAUGGACUAUUCCAGUACCCCUUGAGUUUGAUUCCUCCCUUGGUACGCAUCAUCAGAACAUGUCUGUCAACUGGAUGUGCUAUGCCAGGGAUUUAAAUGCCAGAGGGGUGAUAACAAAGGCUCUGGAGCAGUUCCGUCUGAAGACUUGUAUCGACUUCAAAAUCAGAGAUACAGAAAUGCAUUAUGUAAAAAUUGUAAAAGACAAUGGAUGUUAUGGCUAUGUUGGAAAUUAUUACAUGGCAGGACAACCUUUAUCGAUUGGCGAUGGCUGUGAUAGUAUUGCUAUCGUAGAACAUGAAAUGCUUCACACUCUGGGCUUCUGGCAUGAGCAAUCCAGACCUGACAGGGACGACCAUAUUAGUAUUUUAUGGAAUAACAUUGAAGAAGGGAAAGAAAAUAAUUUCGAAAUAAAGGAGUAUGCAGAGGCAACAACACAGGGCACUGCCUAUGAUUACGAAUCAUUAAUGCAUUAUGACAAAGAUGCCUUCAGCAAUGGAUGGGGGGAUACCAUAUACACAAAGAAACAAGAAUUUCAAAACAUUAUUGGUCAGCGCCAAGAUUUCAGCCCAACUGAUGUGUUGGAGUUGAACUUACUCUACGGUUGCAGUACAUCCUCCACUGUAACAUUCUUGGAUGGGUGCAACUUUGAGGAAGACAUGUGUGACAUGAGGGCUUGCUCCACUGCAGAGAGCAGGUGGAAAGCAGUAUCUAGCAUUGUGGGAGGUCCAACUGAAGACCACAGCAUCCCUCAAGACCAAGGAGGUAAAGGACAUUUUAUGCAUUUUAGCACAGUCAGUGGAAUGACUGGAGACAGAGGAUUAUUAAAAACCAAAAUAAUGACUCCCCAAAGAGAUUUCCAGUGCCUAGAGUUCUUCUACUAUAGUAAGGGCAAUGACAAAGAUCAACUCAACAUCUGGAUCAGAGAGUUUCAGAGUGUGGAUGACGUUGGAGCUACUAGACUUAUUGGACAGAUCACAGGUUCCACAGCAGACUACUGGCAACUCCAACACAUACAGCUGUACACAACUAAAGCCUUUUUGAUUGAGUUUGAAUCAGUAAAAGGAGAAGGAAUGUCCAGUGGUGGCUUCUCAUUGGAUGAUAUCAACCUCUCAGAAACUACAUGUCCACACUCUGUAUGGCACAUCAGGAAUUUUGCUGAACACCUUCAACAGUCUGGUGUAUUCAGCUUCAGUCCCAGGCUGUAUUCUACUGAGGGAUAUUCCUACCAGGUCCUUGUUUCGUAUGGGCCAGAGGCAUUAGGAGUCUUUUUCUGGCUUGUUUCUGGAGUCUAUGACAAUAGCCUGCAGUGGCCAUGUCCAUCAAGACAAAUCACUAUUGAGCUGUUAGAGCAGACAUCCAGCAUCCUGAAACGCAUGUCCAAACAAAUCAGUGUGACUCUGGAUACAACAGAAACCUUUACAAUUAAUGGACAAACAUUUUACAAAUGGGAUAAUCCUUUGAUAUUUGGAAAACAGUAUGAAGAUUCAAAGGGCUGGUACUAUGCAGGACCUUUAAUAGGUGAUGGCAAUUUCAUAAGCAAAGAACGCAUCAUGGCAGGGGAUUUUAUUCGAGGAGGGGAUGCAUUUCUGCUGAUAAGCUUUGAAGAUGUGUUGGCUCAACCCAGCCCAAUCCUUCCUACACCAAUGUCUGUAACAUAUGACAGUUUUACUCCCAGCCCAGCUGACAACCUUAGUCCAUGUGUAUACUAUGAAUGCGAUUUUGUUUCAGUGAACAGGACUGCAGUCUGCAUACCAUCACAUUUCAUUGCGUUCCUUGCAUUCAUCGUGACUGUGAUUUUAUCAAUCCACUAAGGGUAAAUAACAGCAGAUUCACUGUUUUGAGGCACUUUAGUUUGUUAAAUAAGUUGAUAAUUAGCCAUUAUCCAAUGUGAAAAAUAACCCUCUCCAUGUAUGACAUUCUAUGGGUAAAGUCAUAUGUACUGAAGUUGUCAAUCUUUUUUUUUCUAUAUGGUAAUAAAUAACAUCUUGAACUUUUUA